CCUUAUAAAUUUUGCUAUAUAUAUAAUAUAAUAAUAAUUGUACUAACUACACACAUGCUUAGAGCAUCUAAUAUACAUUGCUAGUACUGAAAAUCUCGUUACGUUACUGAAUAUCGUAACGUAAAUUUAGAUUUUCAAGUUCUGAUUCUGACAGUAUAUAUCGGAACAUGUCCUUGAUAUAAUACUUUUAAUAUAUUUUAUAUAUUAUUACAUAACACACACACACACACCCACAAUAAUAAUAGAAAUAUACAUAAUUUAUAUAAGAGUUCCAAAAGAAACGCUCUGAUUGUGAAUAUAUAGGAGUAACACAAAAGUACGUACAAGGUACAAGGCGACGUCAGUCAGGUUAGGAUAACUAUAUCAGAAGAGUAAUAGUAAUGGUCACUUUAAUUUCACCACAAAGAAUAUCACUAUCAAGAACCAGGAAUUAUUUUUUCUUGAAUGAAUUAUCAUGCUUUCCGGUGAUACGUAUGCAGGAAAAGAUCAGUGCACCAACGUACUACUGAGAAAUUUACAACACAAUGGAAUGCAAUAAUGAUAGUAUACUAGAAGCCACAGAGAUGGCAAAUAGUACCGAAGUAAGAGAAUUAUUGCCUUUUAAAACAUUAGCAGAGUUGUAUAAUGCUGUAGACAAUGGAUUACCAGAGUUACCAACAACAUAUAUCACAGAGUCGGUUGAUUAUGUGUACCAAGGUUCACAAAUUAGUGCACAGCAAAUUUCAUUGGAAAAAGUGGACAGGGAUGAACAACCUAGGACACUUGUCUGCCAUGACAUGAAAGGUGGUUACUUGGAAGACAGAUUUUUAUCAGGCUCUACCUCUCAUGACUCUUAUAUAUUUUAUCACUGGAGUGUUGUCGAUACAUUUAUUUAUUUCAGCCAUCACUUUGUAACUAUCCCACCCUGUGGGUGGAUCAAUGCAGCGCACCAUCAUGGUGUAAAAGUAUUGGGUACUAUUAUUACAGAAGGAAAUAAUGAUACAUGGAAUACGAUCCUUGCAUCACAAGAGGAUGCAAAAAAAUUUGCAAACACGCUAAUAUUGGUCGCAAAAUGUUACCAAUUUGAAGGCUGGCUUUUGAAUAUUGAAAAUAAAAUUAAGCAGGAAGAUAUUGAUAAUUUAAUUUAUUUUGUUAAAUAUUUAACAGAGAAUAUUCACAAAGAGAUAGAAAAUUCAGAAAUUAUCUGGUAUGAUAGUGUUACUAAUAAGGGCGAACUGAAGUGGCAAAACGAACUAAAUGAGAAUAACAAAGAAUUUUUCUUACAUUGCGAUGGUAUAUUUUUAAAUUACAAUUGGACGGAAUCGAAACUCAGCAAUAGUCGUAUGUUUGCAAAGGAAUUGGGCCGCGAUGUUAAGGAUAUUUAUGUAGGAUUGGAUGUUUGGGGAAGAGGGUGCCCAGGUGGAGGUGGAUUUAACUCGGCAUAUGCGUUAGAUCUAAUACGGAAACAGGAUCUUUCCGUAGCUAUUUUUGCUCCUGGUUGGACUCAUGAGUACUUUGGUCCAAGUACUUUCCAAGUGCUAGAGGAUUUAUUUUGGGCUCAAUUGUUUCCAUACCUAUAUGUACACGUAUCAAUUUACGAGGAUGAAACAUUUAAGACUUCCUUUUGCCGUGGUGCCGGUAUUUGCUAUUAUUAUAAUGGCGAGGAGUAUUUCGAACCAUACAAGAUAAACGGCGAAAGCGCACACGGAAGAAGAACGUUUUAUAAUUUGCAAAUGCAGCAACCGCAACUGACAGUUUCCGCGCCACAUUCACAAUUUACGCGAUCUACCCAAAUAACUCUUACCGAAGAUGUCGAAAAUGACGAUAAAGUUAAUAACAGCCAAGGUGAAAAAGAUAAUGAUGUUAAAAAGCCACGUACACGUAUAGAACGAAUUUACGAAAAUAGGAAGAAUAUUGUACGAGUAUGCGACAAUGUCGUUAAUUUUGAAGAAAAAUUACCUGUUCCUGACGUCAAUACUUACGAAUUUUGCGAUCAAUUCUCCUACAAUGGUGGUGGAUGUUUGAAAUUAAUGACUAGAGAUCACAGAUUAUAUCAUAGGUUGUUCUUAAUUCAUAUUGAUGUGAAAUAUAACAUCCAGGCAACCAUCGUUUACACAUUUGGAACCUUGAUGAAUGAGUUUCACAAAUCUGACCCUGUUCUGAUUCUGGGUAACGAUGGCGAUCUAAAGUCGAUUCUACCUUACGAUUCCGUAAGAGUGAACGCCAAAUGGAAGAAAUGCAUUUAUUUGACAAACUUAAGGACCGUGGACGAGAUCGGGGUGUCUUUUUCGAGGAAAUGCGAUUGCUACUUGGGUGAGAUUGUCUUGGGGAAAAGAGAUCAUCGUUUCGGUGAGUACAACAGAUUGCGCAUUAUAUUGAAAUUCUGCGCGACAACGCGGCGGAGACAGUCGCACAUAGCAAAUGGAUUGCGUCACGAUAAAAGUAUAUAUAUAUAUAUAUCGUAAGACUUUCGACUACAUAAAGAACCGUUCUUUAGCGAUUACACUCUAGUAUAAGUAGUUCUUCUUUUCCUCGUCUUUCUUCUAGUCUGUUCCUUUUCCUUCUAAUUUUUCGAUCGAGAGCUACUUGGGUGAAAGGAACAUCUAUAUAAAUAUAUUGUUCUACGAUAGAAUCCGAUAGACUACGAUAAAUCGUUGGAUUUUAGAUAAAUUCAUUCGUGUCAUUUCGGGUGGUCAGAUACGAAAUUGCACUGCGGUGAAAAUUUCUGCACCGACAAUGUUAUCAAAAAUUGGUCGCUUGAUUCAAAUUUGAUCGUAUCAUAUAUUUAUUGCUAAGGGAUUUCGAUAAAUAAAAGUAAAUAUUUCCAUCAUUUAAGCGAUUUGAAUAUUUUAGCUUUUGAUAUUUAGAUUUUGAAUAUUUCGUUACAAGGAUAUCUACAUUCCUUUAUCUCGAAAUAUUAUAAUAGCAUAGUGGAUGCAAAUUUUAUGUCUAGCGAUUAAAACGGUAGAAUUGUUACAUCGAUUGGCGCGUUGACGCAUAUUCCCACAUUCCCACUCUCACACUCCCACAUUUCCACGUUAAAAUGAACGGUAUUCGUGUCUGAAGGAGGGCGGUGUAGCCACGUGUAUUUGUUAUCCGCGCUUCGAUUGCAUCGAUGUAGUUAUAUGUGCUACCUAUGCUGCCUACCUACUCAAGAAGAUGCGACAUACAUAUGCAAGAUGCGGCAUCGAUUGCAUCGAGCGCUCUCUGAGCCAUUAAGUCAUUGACACUUUCUAAUACUUUGCGCAAUUAACUAUAUGCAAUUAUGACGAUGUACAAAUGUCUCUGCGAAUUCUUUCAAGUCGAGACCUUCUUUUUUAUAAAAAAUUUAAAAAGGACAAUAUAUCUACAUUUUCAUAUGUAGAUGAGAGUAAAAAAUGUAGCAAAGAGAACAGGUUGAUUAAAAUAUAUUAAUAAUUAAUAAUGUAGCAAUAAUUGCAAGGAGUAACGCAAGAAUUGAUCCUUAAGAAACAUCAGAAGGAAUGGUACGCGGAGAAGGAAGAGUAGAGAUGGAAUUGUGCAUUGACAUGAUAUAAUGGCGAAUUUCUUGAAAUA